GAGCCCCAUAAUAUUUCAUUGUAUUCUCAACUGGAUUCCCAGGCAGUUCCGGUCCAAAAAAAAAGUCCGCAGUUCGAUUCCGUUUCAAGGCAGUUCUGUUCCCUCAAGAUCUUCAAUAUAUUUUACUAAUCUAAAAAAAAGAGUGUAAUUCGAUUCUGGUCAUCAUGUCGAUGAAAAAUGUGUCCGCGACCACUGGUGAGCGAUAUCUAUCCCGUACUGAGCUCCUGGAUUGGGUAAAUGGUAUGCUGGGGUCGAAUUACACAAAGCUGAAUGAUUUACGUACGGGUGCCGCCUAUUGCCAACUGUUCCACAUCCUGAAACCAGAUGCCAUUAACGUGAAGAAAGUGAAAUGGACAACGACUACAGAUUUUGAUUAUAUUCAGAAUUUCCGUCUGCUCCAGAUGGGUUUUCAUCGCUCAUGUGUCCAGAAGGAUAUACCAGUGAACUUGCUGAUCAAGGACACUCUUCAGGAUCACCUGCAGUUUGUGCGUUGGUUCUAUAAGUUCUUUAUGAUCAAUCGAUCAGCUGAGCCAGAUAGCUAUGAUGCCUCGGCAGAACGAAAACACGCUCUGGGAGACCGUAAAUUGACUCGCAAUAGCAAGCAGACCUCGACACAAUUGUCGAUCAAAAUGACGAAACCGAGAACCUUGAACCGAUCUGCGUCCAUGGAACUAAACGAGCGCCGUGGUGGCACAGCACAACCAAAACGUCCAAUGGCUACUGGUCUGGCAAAACGUCAGCAGAUAGUUAACGAGGACAAACAGAGGCUUCAAAAGCAAGUCAAAGAUGAGCUCAAAUUGCCUGAGGUAUGGAAGAAAUCAUAUAACUCUGAUUCCAUACAUUUGUCAUUGCAUUCGACGAGCACUUCUGAUCAAGAUAUGUCCAAAUUGAUCAAAUCCAUUGAUGAUGCAGUGAUCAAUCAAUUGAUGAAGGACCCGAAGGAAUCUCAAGAUGAGGAUGUGAUCAAUCAAUUGAUGAAGGACCCGAAGGAAUCUCAAGAUGAGGAUGUGAUCAAUCAAUUGAUGAAGAACCUGAAGGUAUCUCAAGAUGAGGAUGUGAUCAAUCAAUUGAAGGACCCGAAGGAAUCUCAGGAUGAGUCACCGGUCGUAUUAAAGAAGGCUACUUCCUCUGGAAAGGAAAAAAAGAAGUCCAAACCAUUGGCCGAAAAGAAAGUGUCCAAACCAUUGGCCGAAAUGGCUGUGUCCGAUAUGGAAGCCAUUUUCCCGAAGGGGAAUCGUGCUCCACCUGAAGAUGAGAGCUCUUCAUACAAGUAUAAGCCACUACCAACUGAUACUGAGGAUGACUCUGAAGAGGAUGAGAAGGUUGACAAGAAUCAGAAGGAUAAGGAUAAUGAGAACAAGGACAAGAAGAUCAAAGUGCCAGAGAGUGACGAUGAUGAUGAUAAAGCCGAAUUGAUGGAAGUCAUGGAAGAAUUAACCAACUUGGAGUCCAUGCAUCGCAUUGUAGAUGGAGAACUGAAGGCCUUUUCCGCAAAGAUCCAUCGUGUAUAUUAUAAAUGCGAAAAUGUUAGCACGUUGGAUCGAGUUGAGAUCUUAUCUAUGCUUCAUGCUCCCGAAUCUGUCGAUUUAAAUAAUUUAUCAUAGUUAUCAGUUAUUGUUUUUCCAAAUUUUAUCAAUGUUUAUCAUGUGUUUAGAUGUUUUAGAUGUUCUAUACUGCAAAA